UUUUGUUUGAUCCUUUUCGCGAACUGUUCUGGAGAUAUAAAAGUGAUAUUUAGUUGCCCGCGGUGCUGCCGUGAGCGCAGUAGUCGGGUGUCUUCCCAGCACUCCCCUAAAAAAUCUUGCAUCCCCCCUCCCCCAUAUCACAUGCCCGAAAUGUCAAAACAGCCCCCCCCCCAAAACAGAAAAUAUUGGUGUCACCCCCCCCCCCCCCCCCCCCGCCGCCGCCCUCGAGAUGAAAAUCCUGGGGACACCCUGGCAGUAGUGAUUGUAGCGUUCGGAUAUGAUGUGACAACAACACCAACUUUAUUUUAAGAUGAUAAACGAUGCAGAGGAUUACCGUACAACAUAUCGGUCGCCGUUCCGUACAUGGCGGGAGCAUCGCGGAUGCCCUCUCCGCGUCCAACCUGGAAAGCUGUCUCAAGAAUCUGCAGAACGCAUCGAUAGGUCCUCCGAAGACUGGCAAGGAGGUCGUUAAGUUACGUUCGGCUGUUCUGGUCUCGUUUUGUACGACUCAAGGGAACAAACCGUCCUUAUUGUUCAACCUUCGGUCGAAUAGGCUCCCCCGUCAUAAAGGCUACGUGUGCUUCCCUGGAGGGAUGCAAGAUGAAGACGAUGCCCAUGCUAUCGACACAGCUCUGAGAGAGACGGAGGAGGAGCUCGGCAUAGCGAGAAAAGACGUCAGGGUGGUCGGGGUUGCACCUCCGCUGUACAACCCCAUGGACCAGCUGAGCAUCACGGCGGUGAUUGGCGUGCUUCACGAAGGUUCGGACAUCGACAUCCAAAGGGACCUCGUCAUAAACGAAGCGGAAGUGCAGUUGGCGUUCACGCGGACGUUGGAAGAAUUAUGCGAACUGAAGAAUCUAAGGUGGACGCAGUUUAGGAAGCGUUACGGCGGCUAUUCGAUUCCGGUGUUUGUAGCCGGCCAGUAUAAGAUUUGGGGUCUGACCGCGAUCAUACUGAAUGCGGUGCUCCGAGCACUUUUACCGGGUCAGUAUGUACACAGAACAAGAUACGGUUUGUUAAAUCCGAAAUACUAUAAGGUCUCAUGAAUGAGGGACUAUAUAAUCUAAUUGUUAAGAGUGUGUGGGCACAUUGCGUUAGUUUGCGUGGAUGGACAGUGGAAAGUUGGAUCGUUGCGGCCCCUGUAGGCAGCGUGCAGUAAAAUCAAUUGAUAAUUUCUCGAUUGGUUCUUUUCCCCCUCUUUUUAAAUCUACAGGUUUUCCCGGCGCUUUUAAUCUAGGCGCCAUCGAAAUUAAUCCACGUGCCAUGCAAACUUCAUGGGGCAUGGAUUAAUUUAGCUGGCACUUGGAUUUAAAUCGCCGGGAAAACCUGUAGACUGCCUGUCUAGAUUUUGCCUGUGGUGUUCUCAAGAUAUACCUGCACUUUCGUGAAAGGGAUUAGGUGAAGCUGAACCUGUAAAAUUGUACAUGAUGUAAAACUCCGAGACUAGGGAACGCGAAGGGACAGACAAAUAUGAACACGAAGUCUCAAGAUUCAAGUCUCAAGAUCAAGUCAAUCAAUCAAUCGAUCAAGAUCAAGUCUCAAGAUACUAGUCUCGGUGUUUUACAUCAUGCAUCAUCUUCACCAGCUUGCUUGCUUCCUAGCCAUUUUUUCAUUUUUUCACUGUAAAAUUGUUCUAUUUUGGUGCAAAUAGGCAAUGGUUUAUCCAGAAUUUUGUCACUGGGGGAGCAUCGGGCUUUGCAGGCGGGUGACAUAAUUGCUUUUGAAAUAAAAAUACGUGGCAAAAUA